GGAUUCGCGUAUAAACCCCAGUUCGUGGGACAAUGCACCCCAGGUCAACGACUCGCAACUCACCCAUAUGAUCAAUCGUACCUACGAGAUUCUUCACAUCUUGUUUGGUAUGAAGAACGAAAUUACUUCGAGAACUGCCGAGAACGCUCCGGUGGAUGUUGAAGAAAUCGCUCUGGCCCGAAAACCAAGAUCUACCAACGUUUCGCCGCAACGUACAAAGUACAGGAAGCGAAGCAAGCGUGCUGCACCCCCAGGCCGAUGCCAUUCAUGCAAUAUAUCUGAAACGCCAGAAUGGCGACGUGGUCCAGACGGCGCUAGGACAUUGUGCAAUGCCUGUGGUCUUCAUUUUGCAAAGAUCACGAGGAAACGCGCCCUAUCGGCGAUGCAGCAAUUUUCAGUACCCAACAAUACCACAUUGGUAAAUUACAAUACAAGAUUGAUUACAAUGCCAGAGGUUCAAGAUCCAAGCAAACGGCCUCGAGUUGA